AUGGCGGAAGCAACGAAAGCACCUCCCCAGACGAUUUCGAUCCUGGGCGAGCCCAACAUCGUCGUCGACCAUGCCCUGUGGCCCAACUACAUUGUCCAGGACCUGACUCAGAAUCUGGCCUCGUCGACCUACGUCCUGAUUACCGACACGAACCUCUUCGACACCUACGUGCCUUCGUUCCAGAAGCGAUUCGAGUCCUCCAAAGCGAACCAGUCCGCCCGGCUGCUCACAUACGCAAUUCCUCCCGGCGAGGCUUCCAAGAGCAGAGAGACCAAGGCCGAGAUUGAGGACUGGCUGCUGUCCCACCAAUGCACGCGGGACACCGUCAUCAUCGCCGUUGGAGGCGGCGUCAUUGGUGACAUGAUUGGCUAUGUUGCGGCGACUUUCAUGCGCGGUGUUCGCUUUGUUCAGGUCCCGACGACUCUUCUGGCCAUGGUUGACUCAUCCAUUGGCGGAAAGACGGCGAUUGACACGCCCAUGGGCAAGAACCUCGUUGGUGCGUUCUGGCAGCCUCGCCGGAUCUUCAUCGACCUUGCUUUCCUAGAGACUCUCCCUGUGCGCGAGUUCAUCAACGGCAUGGCUGAGGUUGUCAAGACUGCGGCCAUCUGGGAUGAGGCAGAGUUUACCGUCUUGGAAGAGUCGGCCGCAACCAUUCUGUCGAGCGUUCGCUCCAAGGGCCAGAACCGACUUGGGCCUAUCAAGGAUGCGCUCAAGCGCAUUGUCGUUGGCUCUGCUCGAGUCAAGGCUGAGGUUGUUUCUUCCGAUGAGCGAGAGGGCGGACUUCGAAACCUGCUCAAUUUCGGCCAUUCCAUUGGCCAUGCUAUUGAGGCUCUUCUUACCCCGCAGCUUCUUCACGGCGAGGCUGUGGCUAUUGGUAUGGUAAAGGAAGCGGAGCUGGCCCGAUUCCUGGGUGUUUUGAGACCGGAGGCUGUCGCCAGAUUGGAGAAGUGCAUUGCCUCCUAUGGUCUGCCUACCUCGCUCAAGGACAAGCGAGUCAUCAACCUGACCGCGGGCAAGAAAUGCCCUGUCGAUGUCCUGCUCAAGAAGAUGGCCGUUGAUAAGAAGAAUGAUGGAAGCCAAAAGAAAAUUGUGUUGCUCUCCGCAAUUGGCAAGACUCACGAGGCAAAGGCAAGCUCAGUGGAUGACAAGUCCAUCAGAAUCGUUCUCUCCGACUCCGUUGAGGUCUCGCCUGGCAUUCCCUCCGACCUUGCCCUCACCAUCACGCCCCCUGGAUCCAAGAGCAUCUCCAACCGAGCCUUGAUUCUCGCAGCUCUCGGCUCUGGUUCUUGCCGAAUCAGAAACUUGCUCCACUCAGACGAUACCGAGUUCAUGCUCUCGGCCAUUUCGACGCUGGGAGGCACAUCUUACUCGUGGGAAGAGGGAGGCCAGCUUUUGGUUGUCGAGGGUAACUCUGGCAAGCUCAAGGCUUCAGAUGAGCCUUUGUACAUUGGCAACGCUGGAACUGCAUCGCGUUUCUUGACCACGGUUGCGGCUCUGUGCGCUCCCACAAACACAGCUACUACUACAGUUCUCACCGGCAACGCGAGAAUGAAGCUUCGACCCAUUGGCCCCCUUGUUGAUGCCCUGCGCAGCAACGGAGUCGCAAUUGAUUACAUGGAAAAGGAGAAGAGUCUUCCGCUCCGAAUCAAUGCCUCAAACGGCCUCGAGGGAGGUGAAAUCGAGCUUGCGGCAACUGUUUCCUCCCAAUACGUGUCAUCCAUUCUCAUGGCUGCGCCUUAUGCUAAGAAGGCCGUCACAUUGCGAUUGGUUGGAGGCAAGCCUAUUUCCCAGCCAUACAUUGACAUGACCAUUGCCAUGAUGAAGUCGUUCGGCAUUGAUGUCACUCCUUCUGCCACCGAGCCGGACACAUACCACAUUCCUCAAGGUGUCUAUAAGAACCCCGCCGAAUACACCGUUGAGAGCGACGCCAGUUCCGCCACCUACCCGCUUGCAGUGGCUGCUAUCACUGGAACCACCUGCACCAUUCCCAACAUUGGUUCCAAGUCCCUUCAGGGUGACGCCCAGUUCGCUGUCAAGAUUCUCGAGCCUAUGGGAUGCACAGUCCAUCAGGAUGACUAUACGACUACCGUCACAGGUCCCAAGUCCGGAACCCUCAAGGCUCUGCCCAGCGUUGACAUGACAACCAUGACGGAUGCUUUCCUCACGGCCACUGUCUUGGCAGCGGUGGCUACUGGAACGACGGAGAUUGUUGGAAUUGCCAACCAGCGAGUGAAGGAGUGCAACCGUAUUCUGGCGAUGAAGGAUCAGCUUGCUAAAUUUGGAGUGGUCUGCACCGAGCUUGAUGAUGGCAUCCAGAUUACUGGCAAACCAAGGGAAAGCCUGAUCACACCGAAGCAAAGCAUCCACUGCUAUGAUGACCACCGUGUUGCGAUGAGCUUCAGUGUUUUGUCACUUGCAGCCCCUGGCCCUGUUUUGGUGACUGAGCGUGAGUGUGUUGGUAAAACUUGGCCAGGAUGGUGGGACGUCCUGGCCCAGUCGUUCCGGGCCAGCCUGGAGGGUGUGGACACGGAAAGCAGCCGUGAAACCAAACCCAAGAAUGCUGCUAGCCUUCAGCGCUCCAUCUUUGUCGUUGGCAUGAGAGGCGCCGGAAAGACGACUACCGGCAAGUGGGUUGCAAAGACACUUGGCUGGAAGUUCAUCGAUCUGGACCACGAGCUUGAACGCCGAGCUGGCAUCACGAUUCCGGAGAUGAUUGGAGGUCCUCGUGGCUGGGAGGGAUUCCGCGAAGACGAGUUGGCCCUUUUGCGCGACGUUAUCGAGGCGCAUCCCAAUGGAUACGUAUUCUCAUGCGGAGGGGGUAUUGUCGAGACCCCUGCUGCACGGGAAGUCCUGAAGUCGUAUGGCGCCAAUGGCGGUCUUGUUCUGCUCGUCCAGCGGGAUACCGAUCAGGUUGUUGACUACCUCUCCCAGGACAAGACUCGACCGGCAUAUACAACCGAAAUCAGGGAAGUUUAUGAGCGUAGGAGGCCCUGGUAUAGGGAGUGCAGCAACUUCCUGUACUAUAGCCCACACUCACAGGACUCUCCUUCGGUGGGAGAGACUGACAUUCCUGACGACUUUACACGCUUUGUGUCUUUGAUCUCUGGAAAGUCCAAGAUCCUCGAGACAGUUUCCAAGAAGAGACAGAGCUUCUUUGUAUCGUUGACGUUGCCCGAUCUCAACAAGGCUGUAGACAUAUUGCCUCGCGUUACCGCCGAUUGCGAUGCCGUGGAGCUCCGCGUCGAUCUCUUGCAAGAUCAGCAGCCACAAGCUGUCAUGAAGCAAGUGUCUUUGCUCAGACAUGUGACUGGAAAGCCCAUCAUCUUCACCGUCCGAAGCGAAUCUCAGGGUGGUAAAUUCCCCGAUGACAACAAUGACCUGCGUCGUGCGCUCUACCGCUUGGCCCUUCGGAUGGGCGUGGAGUACAUUGACCUGGAGGUGACAUUGUCUGAUGAGAUCAUUCAGGAGGUCAGAGACUCUCGCGGACACACUGUGAUCAUCACGUCCCACCACGAUCCCGCUGGUGCUCUGUCGUGGAAGAAUGCAUCCUGGGUUUCCGCUUACAACAGAGCCUUGCAAUAUGGCGAUGUGAUUAAGCUGGUCGGCACUGCUCGCACCGUCGAAGACAACUUUGAUUUGAUACGCUUCAAGUCAAGAAUGCUGGCAGCCCAGCCAACACCCAUCAUUGCCCUCAACAUGGGCUCUGCUGGGAAGCUUAGCCGUGUCUUGAACGGGUUCUUGACUCCUGUUUCGCACCCUGCCCUUCCAUUCAAGGCUGCUCCCGGACAGCUGUCUGCGGCCGAAAUUCGACAAGGUCUGGCUUUACUGGGCGAGAUCGAACCGCAAAACUUUUACUUGUUCGGCAAGCCGAUUUCCAAGUCGCGAUCACCUGCUCUUCACAAUGCCCUCUUCGGCCAGGUAGGCUUGCCGCAUGAGUACCAGCGCCUGGAGACGGACAAAGUUGAGGAUGUCUUGGAGGUGCUGCGCAGCGCGGACUUUGGAGGUGCAUCAGUCACUAUCCCCUUGAAGCAGGACAUUAUGCCUCAUCUGGAUGACUUGACCGAUGCAGUCAAGAUUAUUGGUGCUGUCAACACUGUUGUUCCAACGACUGACAAUUCUGCGGAUGGCCGCAAGCGACUCACAGGCGACAACACAGACUGGAAAGGCAUGGUCUACGUCCUCCGCAAGGCCGGCGUCAAGGCACAGGAUGGCAAUGCCAGUGCUGCCGUAAUUGGAGCCGGAGGCACAAGCCGCGCCGCUAUCUUUGCUCUGCACUCGCUUGGCUUCUCCCCCAUCUACCUUGUCGGUCGAGACGCCAAGAAGGUCGAGAGCCUCGCUUCGAGUUUCCCGGCCGAAUACGGCGUCCAGCCCGUUGCAAGCACUGCUGAUGCCGAGCAACUCGCGAGCAAGCCCGUUGUCAGCAUCAGCACUAUCCCGGCUGACAAGCCUCUUGAUUCAGGAGUUGAGGAAAUCCUCGGCGCAGUCUUCAAGUCCACACCUGCUGCUCAAAACGAGAGCCGCGUUCUCCUCGAGAUGGCGUACCACCCUCCCCGCACCCCUGUGAUCCAGAUUGCGGAGAGUGCUGGUAACUGGACGACGAUUUCCGGAUUGGAGGUUCUUGCUGCUCAGGGCUGGUAUCAGUUUGAGACGUGGACUGGGAUCAAGCCGCUUUUCAGCGAUGCAUAUGAUGCUGUCGUGGGCGAGGAGUAG